GAACUUUAUCAGUUAAAUCAUUAAAAAGGUAUUUGCAAGUGGGUGCUGGUAUUAUUCUAGUUCUAAUGACUUUGACAUAGUCUGAAGCUAGUCGAGACCAUGUGCAUUUAUAUUCUAAAAUCAAGCUUGUCGAUUGAAAUGAAGAGCAUACAAAAGCACAAAAACAAAAUUAUCUAUAAUUUUUAUAGUGGUAUGCUUUUAUGGUAUCAAAAGGUUGGUGUGCUAUCCAGCUUUUAGAAGGAAGCUCCACGGUUUCUCACUGUGGCCCUAUCAGAUUAAAUUUGAGUUUGUUUCAUGACUUAUUGGUCGGAUUUUUCAUUUCAAAUUAGUUUUAUCAUCCUGAAUUGGUACGAUAAGGCAUGAACAAUACUUGUUACAGUGAAUACAGUUUCGGUUUGCGUUUAGAGUUGGAACGCGUAUUGCUACCAGUCCUUUUACUUUAUAUAUUUUGGUAUCACGUGUCGAAAAAUUUUCUUACUAUGGAUGCUCAUCUUACCUUUAACCAUACUGUUCGCGAUCCCUAGAAGAACAAAAGAGCCCACCAAACCAUUCAAGACCGUAGAAGGACCAGAUCAACGUAUCUUUGUCUCUGCAGGCAGUACAGGUUUUCCGACGUUAUUAUUUCAUGGACUUUGGGCUGAAAAUUAUCAUGUGGGGGGCGUCAGAAUUUUUUUGCGACAACACUUUUUAUUCAUACGGGUCUUCAUAUUCUUACGAUUUCUUCAAGUGAAUUAUUCCAAUUUAUAGUUAUAGUUAUAUAUAUAUACUCCUAUUCCCAUUAAACUGUCUUAAGAUAAGAACUAUGACCAUCAAGAGAAGUUAUACCAUUUAAUGUAUCUCUAUUCAAAAAAAUACUAUUCCUUAAAGCAACAUCCUAAAA